GCGUCAACUUGCUGUAGAACCCGUGGUUUAAUGCUUCCAUGCCCUCCCCGUUAAUGAGGUCUCGCUACUUCGCCCUCGACAAUGUUACAAUUUAGCGUCUUUCCAUACUGAGGCUCGUUUCCUCCCUUGACAAUACAAGCCGUCGAGAUAUCGUUCUGCCCGCCAUGGAUUCGUCCGUACCGACAUCAGUUGUGACAGCUGUAGCUGAUUUCUCCAGUCAAAUCGCAUCUGCAACUGACAUUGCUACUGCUUCGGAGGUACAAACCUCCAGCUCUGUUCUAGCCAUUAUCGCCCGUAUCCUUUUGGCAAUCCUUCGUGUGAUUCCGGGGGUGCUGUAUUGGACAGUCACAUUUCUGACCAUUACGCUGCCGACAUGGCUGUUCACCCUGUUUUCAAUGAGUUUGACCUUUACCAUGAACUUCACUACGCUUAUGGUCCUUUUAGUUGCCUUCGCUUCGACUGUGAGCUGGAUAGUACGAUAUCGCGUUCUGAAUAUGUAUUCUCGUCUACCAGCAGAACCCCAACGACAGGAGCCACAAGUUGAAGUGUUUCCAGAUUCGCAGGACGGUGAUUCUAAACGUGGGCUGACCAAUUACUUGGACGAAUUCCUGAGCGCCAUCAAAGUCUUUGGCUAUCUUGAACGGCCGGUCUUCCACGAGCUGACCCGGACCAUGCAGACAAGAAAGUUGAUUGCAGGCGAGACAUUAUUACUCGAAGAAGAGAAGGGUUUCUGUAUCGUUGUCGAUGGUCUGGUGCAGAUCUUCGUCAAAUCCAAUGCAAGGGAAUCGAACGUAUCCGAGAAGGGCGAUGAUACUCAUGGUGAAGGAAGCUCUGAUGAGGAGGGUGGAGAUAGAGAACAUAACCAGGGGUAUCAACUUUUGAGCGAGGUGAAGAACGGUGCUCCACUAUCUUCUCUCUUUUCAAUACUGUCCCUCUUCACUGAGGAUGUAAAACUUCGCCACGAAGAAGACGAAGAAAGCGUAGCUACUAGGCCUGGGACAGAUAACUCUACAGGUCCGGGACUCACGACUCCUAACGAGUCUGUGCCUGGGAGCCCCAUGCAUAUACAUCGCAAUUCCCUGGAACUCAGGCAAGCUAAAGAGCAAUCUCUUCCGAACUCGCCUGCAAGUGGAAAGCUCCCACGUAUCCCUCCAUUAUCUUUGGAUCCUGAGUCCAUGAAUAAUGCUAAUCGGCAGACUCGACCCCGUUCACGCGUGCCAAAAUCUGCCCAUCCCGAUAUUGUGGCCAGGGCUACGACAGAUACUACAAUCGCUGUGAUACCAGCCACAGCUUUUCAUCGAUUGACCAGACUCUAUCCUCGGGCCUCAUCCCACAUCGUUCAGGUUAUUCUGACUCGCUUACAAAGAGUCACGCUCUCGACAGGUCACGCAUAUCUGGGCUUGACGAGUGAAGUUCUCCGAACAGAACGGCUGAUGAACAAAUACACGACCUACGAUUUGCCAGGAUUUCUCCGGGACUCGCCCCUAGAAAGGCUCAAAGACAAGUUUGCGAAGGAGCGUGAAAGAACAGGACCAGAAGAAGGAAUGAAAGGGAUUGCAUUACACAAUUCUAAUGCCGGUGUGCACCGGCGACGCAGAUCGAGCGGUGGUCUUCGAAAAGAAGCUGCUUCCCAUGCUAGAGCUGCUGCAGGUCGAAAUCUAAACGGAGCUACCAACGCAACUCUCAGAAUGACUACUGCUGAUUCCGAAAGAUCGGGUGUAAGUGCAGGUGAUCUCCUCACGAACGGGUCUGUCAAUACGAGCGGGACCCGACAAUCUCGCCUGAGCUUCUCUCAGCCGUAUGAAGGCCGCGUUCCUUCUCGCAGAGAGGUGGUAACACCACUAGAGAGAGCAAACUUCAACCCCCUCGCUAAUCAGCGGCGGGGCAACAUACCUUUGCAGCGCCAGGAAUCUCUUGAUGAGGAUAGCAUCUUCCGCGAAGCUGUACUGGACUGUAUGUUCAAGGCUAUUGGACUCUCCAAUACCAAGAAUACACUUCCGAGGUCUGAGUCAGUCGAACAAUCUCCCCGCUUGGUGUCAUUCGAUUCCAGAAAACAGAAGGCUGUAUUCAGCAAUGCGUUCGGUUUCAUGCAUCCAUACGAAGAUUCGGGGGAUGGCGAGUCUGAAUCAAUAGCAUCUGCUUCGAUGUCGGGGUUCAGCAGCAGUGGUCCACAUCUGGCACUAGAAGAAUUGUCGAACGAAGUCGAGAUUGUCUUCUUCCCAAAAGGAUCUGUACUCGUUGAACAAGGAGAGAGAAACCCUGGUCUUUACUAUGUAAUUGAUGGCUUCCUCGAUGUUGGUAUACCUGUUGAGGAUGAUGCAUCGGACCAAAAUAUUUUAGGCACAGCACCUAGAUCGUCGACCAUAGCUCCCUCUGACCUGUUUGGUCCCAAAGCGAUACCUAAACUCGGUCCUCGAAAACACUCACAGCAUAAUUCUGCUCUAAACAAAGACGCAAAUGGGAAAAAGAGCCGCAGAAAGAGCCUUUUCUUGACAAAGCCCGGUGGGCUUGCGGGGUAUCUUGGGACAGUCUCAUCGUAUCGGUCAUUCAUCGACGUCACUGCAAAGACCGAUGUAUAUGUCGGGUUUCUACCACGCGCAGCCAUGGAUCGGAUCGUGGACCAAUUUCCUGUUGUGUUAUUAACUAUGGCUAAGCGACUGACCACGCUCUUGCCGCGAUUGAUUCUCCACAUUGAUUUUGCUCUUGAAUGGGUACAAGUCAAUGCCGGGCAGGUCAUAUACAACCAAGGAGACGAGAGUGAUGCCAUAUACAUCGUUUUGAAUGGUCGUCUCCGCGCAAUACAGGAAAGUGAGGAUGGGAAUAAGUUCAUCGGCGAAUACGGUCAAGGCGACAGCGUAGGCGAACUGGAAGUCCUCACAGAGUCCCGUCGUCCUGGCUCGCUACAUGCAAUACGUGAUACAGAACUAGCAAAAUUUCCCAAGACGUUGUUCAACAGCCUCGCUUUGGAGCAUCCUGGUAUCACGAUUAAGAUUUCAAAGAUUCUGGCAAAUCGAAUGCGAGCCUUGAUAGAUGAUCCUAUGAAUGAGCCCAAAGAGAAAAGUCUCACCACAGCUACGCAAAAGAACGUAUCAUCGACGAUUAAUUUACGAACGAUAUCAAUAUUGCCCGUCACUGCUGGCGUACCUGUCGUGGAGUUCGCCAGUAGACUUCUCAGUGCCCUUUCACAGAUCGGAACUCCGAAUGGAGUCGUUUCUCUGAAUCAAGCCGCAAUCUUGAAUCAUCUUGGUCGACAUGCUUUCAGUAGAAUGGGUAAGCUGAAGCUUGCACAGUAUCUGGCCGAUCUUGAAGAGAAAUACGGCAUGGUGCUGUAUGUUGCAGAUACCAAUGUCAAGUCUCCUUGGACUCAAACCUGUAUCAGCCAAGCGGAUUGUAUUCUGCUCGUGGGCCUUGCAGAAGGCACUCCAGACGUUGGCGAGUACGAAAGGUUCCUGUUGACGACCAAAACAACCGCGAGGAAAGAGCUUGUCCUGCUUCAUUCAGAGCGUUAUUGUCCUCCUGGAUUGACCAGACGUUGGCUCAGAAAUAGGGUCUGGAUCAAUGGCAGCCAUCACCAUAUUCAAAUGUCGCACCGAUCAACGACCGAACCAGUGCACACGCCUGGGCGGCGAUUUGGAUCUGCGCUAAAGCAAAGAGUACAGGUUUUACAGGCAGAGAUACAGAAGUAUACCUCUCGAAAGGUCAGGCAGACACCCCUGUACUCAGCUGAGACGCCUUUCAAGGGUGACUUUCAUAGACUUGCACGAAGACUUUGCGGUAAGUCUGUAGGUCUUGUUCUUGGCGGUGGAGGUGCCCGUGGCAUAUCUCAAGUUGGCAUCAUUAGGGCUCUAGAGGAAGCGGGAAUUCCUAUCGAUAUUGUCGGUGGCACAUCGAUUGGAGCCUUUAUCGGUGCACUCUACGCCUGGGACGCCGACGUGGUACCUAUGUAUGGACGAGCAAAGAAGUUUGCCGGCCGGAUGGGUAGCAUGUGGAGGUUCGCUUUAGACCUCACGUAUCCCACGGCCUCUUACACAACAGGCCACGAAUUUAAUCGUGGAAUCUUUAAGACCUUUGGUAAUUCCCAAAUAGAAGAUUUUUGGCUUGAGUUCUAUUGCAACACUACGAACAUCAGCAAGAGUCGAUCACAAAUCCAUACCAGAGGCUAUGUAUGGCGAUAUGUUAGAGCCUCGAUGUCUCUGGCAGGUCUGCUCCCGCCCAUCUGCGAUAAUGGCAGCAUGCUGCUGGACGGAGGCUACGUCGAUAAUUUGACCGUUUCCCACAUGAAAGCAUUAGGUGCAGAUGUUAUCUUUGCCAUAGAUGUCGGAAGCCUCGACGACGAUGCACCACAGAAUUUUGGAGACUCCCUAUCUGGAUUCUGGGCCGCGAUGAAUCGAUGGAACCCAUUCUCGGCGGUACCAAAUCCCCCGACGCUAUCUGAGAUCCAGGCUCGGCUUGCAUACGUGUCGAGUGUCGAUGCACUGGAACGAGCCAAGACUACACCUGGUUGUCGGUACAUGAGACCACCUAUCGACCCGUACGGAACUUUGGAAUUUGCAAAGUUUGACGAGCUCUACCAGCUUGGUUAUCAGUACGGCAAGCAGUAUCUCGCCCAACUCAGAGAUGAAGGAGUGUUGCCUGUCAUGGAAGAGAAUGAGAGGCAGAAGAACUUGCGAAGGACCAUGGCUCCUAGGCGAGCAAGCAUAUGACAUUACGUAGACAGUCUUAUAUUGAGCCAAUUAGCCUAAUGUUUAUAAGAGUUGCCCCCAGCUCACCACAGAUACCCACCUUAUAGACAAGCAUAAAAGAACAUAAUUUCGGACAUGCAUAGGCGUUGUCUAGAU